AAAACUAUUUUCGAUAAAUAAUGUGUGGUUCACAAAAACACAAAUCUGGACACUGUUUUCCUUUUUUAGAGACUCAAAGCCUCCAAUUCCGUGCCAUUGUUUUUUAGUAUUUAAUCAAAUUUGGGAGACUAACAAACACAAGUUAGAAGUGGUACCGUGAGAGGUGGAUGCCUGAGGGUGGAUUGGCCGUUCCACCAAUCACAGAGCAGCAUAGUGUUAUAUAAGCCACAGACCUGAGCAGGACAGCAUUGCAAAACUUGCUCUCUGGGUAACUUAGUUCCUCCUUCUCCUCCACCACUUAGCUUUUCCUUCAUUAUGUCGGAAACUGCUCCAGCUGAGACGGCUGCUCCAGCUCCGGUGGAGAAGUCUCCUGCCAAGAAAAAGGCAACUAAGAAGGCUGCGGGAAGUGGUGCGGCUAAGCGGAAAGCUACCGGCCCACCAGUCUCCGAGCUGAUCACUAAAGCUGUUGCCGCCUCCAAGGAGCGCAAUGGCUUAUCCCUGGCUGCCCUCAAGAAGGCACUGGCUGCAGGUGGCUACGACGUGGAAAAGAACAACAGCCGUAUCAAGCUGGGACUCAAGAGCCUGGUGAGCAAGGGCACCCUAGUGCAGACUAAAGGCACUGGUGCUUCUGGCUCCUUCAAGCUCAACAAGAAGGCAGCGUCUGGGGACGCUAAGCCUAAGGCUAAGAAGACUAGCGCUACUAAAGCAAAGAAAGCUUCCGGGGCCACUCCUAAGAAAUCUAAGAAGACUACAGGAGCCAAAAAAGCAGUAAAGAAGACUCCUAAGAAGGCGAAGAAGCCUUCUGCUGCUGGAGUGAAGAAAGUGACCAAGAGCCCCAAAAAGGCUAAGGCUGCUAAGCCCAAGAAAGCAGCAAAGAGCCCUGCUAAGCCUAAAGCGGUGAAGCCAAAGGCAGCCAAACCGAAGGCUGCAAAGCCUAAGGCUGCAAAACCCAAAGCUGCAAAGGCAAAGAAAACUGCUGCCAAGAAGAAGUAAGUUUGCUUAUUUACAGAAAGCAGUAAAACCCCAACGGCUCUUUUCAGAGCCACCCAAAAGAUCUCUAAAAACAGCUGUACACGUAAAUUCUAGCUGGGGGUAAAAGUGCUUUUUAUAACCAGAGCACUUUGUAACUUAAAGCCUGGCGGCAGGGAAUUCAACUUUUAAGUUUUUUGAGUGCUGUCUCAGCCUAGGGUCUUGCAGUUUUAUCACUUGAUAGCUCUAUAAGACAUCCCUAGUUUACUUUGUGGCAGCUCAAUCUUUUUGGAAAGAGCCUUUAAGCUUUUAGUGACUUAACUAACCCCCAGCAUUUUUGAGAGGGUGGACAUAAUGCAUAUUGUGGGUUGCAUAACCCACCAGCUCCAGUACUGCACCUUAGCUAAACUAAAGGCGCCAGCCAAGGCUAGUUUCUUCUAGCCGAGCAAUUGGUGCUAGAAGCUCGCCGGACGUACACACCCACCCGAGAAGAGCUGGCCUUAAGAGACUUUACUGACUCACUACAUCUUUUUUAGUCUUUCAUGUGGCGCGAAAAUGGAACAGUACUAUUCGCUAAAAUAAGUUUAACUUAAACCAGUAGAAUGUGAGUUUGAAAUACACUUACUCUGAUUGGACAAACAUUUGCAGUUGCAUAUCAAUUAGCAGUCACCACCAAUCAGACACGAGUUUUCCUCACCAAAUUUACAUAAAUCUAGCUAAAGUGCAAGCAAGGCUACAUUUCCAAGUUCUUUUGAAUCCUUACAAACAUUUGCGAUUCACCUUGCCAGAGUAAGCGAAGUCUGCUCAUGCCCCGAAGAUAGGCACUAAGAAGGCCGUGGCCAAGGCUCAGAAGGACGGCAAGAAGCGAAAGCGGAGUCUCAAGGAGAGAUA